AUGCGGCGAGGGUACAUCUGGGACCACGACGCGUGGGGCAACCUGGACGAGCAGGAGAUUAACGACGAGCCGCAGAAGGUGCAGGCGUGCGCGAUGCUGUGCGCAGCCACGCCGGAGUGCUACAUCUGGCAACUGAGAGUCGUGGAGGACGGAGCCUUUUGCCGCAUGUGGAGGGAGGAGCAGAGCCCAUGUCUAGCAGAUCCUACAGACGGCGCCAACCCCAUCCACUACAACCCCACGCCCCCCUGGAAGGGCGUGUUCGGCUUCGGUGGCGGGUGCAACCGCAGCAAGCGGGGUCGCGGCACUGAGAGCACCGCAGCAGGGCGGGGGGCUGCUGGGGGGAAUGUUAAAGCGGUGGCAGGAGGGACGGGAGGGAAUGGGAGUGUGGCGAGUGGGGGGAGGGAUGGGCGGACGCGGCAGCAGGGAUAUGAGGGGAAGCAGCAGGAGGUGGAAGCGCAGCAGCUGGUGCCGCAGGCACAUGCGGGAGGGGCAGGUGGGAGGCUACCGAUGCUGACAGUGGAAGGAACAGCUGGGAUAAAAACAGACCCCAAUGCUACAGCCGCAUGCCCUGAUCUCAUGUGCAAUGUGGCAAUCAAAGUUAUCAUCGAGAGAAGCCGGAAGGUCGUUGUACAAUGUGGAGUGAACAACAAGACCCAUGCAAGCCCGCAGACCCCAGCGAUCCUACAACUGCACGCAUCCAGCCCGUCGCUGCUCGCGCGCGAGACGUCCUUCGACUCGGAGUCGCCGUUAAUGAAGCGGCCCUGCCCGCCGCGGAUCAAUCUUACCGGCGCGUCGCAUCGCACAUCACCUACUACUAGCACCUUUCCGGACAGUCGCGCAUUCGCCAUUGACAAGGGGUGCGGCACGCCUCCUGUGUUAGUGCUGGAUAGAGACGGAGAGGAAGACGACAGCAUUCCCUCGCCGCACCCGAAACUAGUGAUACCCAGGGGUGGAGCUCAUUGCUAUCGCAAUCGCCGUUUCAAGGGCGUGCGACAGCGAAAAUGGGGCAAGUGGGUAACCGAGAUUCGCGACCCUCGCACGAAGAUUCGCGUGUGGCUGGGGUCGUACGAAACCGCGGAGGAAGCAGCGCGGGUGUACGAUAUGGCGGCGCGGAUUAUAGGGGGAGGCCGCGGAGGCGCCGCCUGCGGAAAGCUCAACUUCCCCGAUGAGGCGCAUCCCGUCGCCGUUCCGCGCGCCAUUGCGGAAGCGCUGCUCCGCACGGUCCGCGAAAGCAGAGCCCUGUGCGCCGCAGACGUCGCAGGGGGCGAGCGCCUCGUUGUCGCAGGUGACGGGGCGGACGACGCGGGCGACGCGCGCGACGGCGCGUGCGACCUGCCUGCGAGCUUCUCGUGCGACGUGGUUCGCCUGGAGGCUGUGGGCGACAGCGUGGUUGUCGCGGAGUGUCCCCCUGCGGCAGCAGUUGCGCCGCUUGGAGUGAUCUCGGGUGACAGGGGGCAGCCAAUGGUGCUGCUCGGACCCACCGCCGCCGAUGGCGGCAUGAACAUGUCACAGCAACCACUACAGCAGCAGAGACAGCAGCAGCAGACGCAGCAGCAGGAGACGCAGCAGCAGCACACACAGCAGCAGAUGCAGCAGCACCAAUCACAGCAGCAGCAGCAGCAGCAAUCACAGCAGCAGCAGCUCGUUCCCAAGCAGGAGAUGCCUGCUAUCAGCCUUCAGCCAUGGCUGGAUCAAAGCGUAAACGCAGCAGCGCCGCCGACUCACUUCCAGCCAAGCAAUGCUCUGGGUAUGUCCAAUCCACUUCCAGUCAAGCUGGACUCGUCAAGUAUUGGUGGUUGCGGUGCUACCAGCAAUGUUAAUAACGGUCGUCCUGUAAGCGAGAUCGCGUGGGAAUUUGAGGGCGGCAAAUUGAAGUUUGCGGUGGUGAAGGAGGAGGCACAGACCAUCCCAUACCUGGACACCAAAAUGCUACUUGACAUGAAGCCGAGCAUUGCUGAGAAACCACGUGGUGGUGCUGAGAGGCUAUGUGCCUCCCUGGGCCAAUCCACGCCUUGGGAACAGUCGAUUCCUGUGCACCCAUCGGCCGGAGGGGAUGGUGCAGAGCCCGAGUCUCCCAGGAGCCCUUCCAGCAGCAAUAGCAGCAGCGCCAGCGAUUUGUCGUCUGCAGGACACUCCCUUUCUGCCGCAACCUCCGAUGUACUGGAUGGGGAUAACCUUCACCACCAUGCCGCGACAUCCGAUGCCACCAUGCCUGCAGAUGAGAGUCACAGCCUCCCAGCCAGUGCUGAUUCUGUGCUGGCAUGCCAGGCGCAGGUGGACAUGCUGACAGACAUCAUGAACCUCCUUGAUGAGCACCUGCCGGCCAGGCUCUCUUCUCUGACGGAUUCCGGCAGAUCUGACGGCCAGUUAGACAGCGCUCCUGUUGGGGGUGCAGCUGCGCAGGAGGCGAUUCUCUGGGCUCUGGCACAUACACAGGAAGCUGCGGCCGGGCGGCAAUCCCAAGGGGUUGGUGCGCCUGAGGUUGUGGCUUGUCCUGUGGGGUUAACAGCCCAGGAGAGUGAAGCAGAACUAGUGAAUGUGUCGCCAUGGGGGUUGUCACCAGCAGCAGUUGGGUUUGACCUCUGGAGCUGA